CACGCUAAAUCCGUUGAACAUCUGAUCGCAAUCCAAUAUCAUUAUUCAAAAAUUAUUUCCUUACGUUUUGGAGCAAAUUCAAAACGAUAAGCUGAAGAAAUGUGGUACGAAGUGAUGCCUGCUGCCAUUAUUAUUGGGACUUGCCUUGCAAUGCCCCAAAUUGCCGCCAUUUACUGGAACAAGGCCGUUUUUGGAAAUUCAUACAGAAGAAACCUCAACGAAUUCUGGGAUAGGCAUAUGUUCACGAGAGACACCAGAAUAGGUGGAGCUCCCUGGAUUAUCAAGGGUAUUGAAAACAUCCCCGAUGGAGAAUAGAGAUCUUAACAGCUAGUAAAUUUAUUGGAAUGUAUAAAACUGUAGAAUAAAACAAAUAUUUACUAAUCGGCACAAUAUAA